GUCAAAUUUAAACUUCUGAACCUGUUGUCGAACAACAUUGUCUCCGAGUUCUCCAUCGACGACGAGUUCAUCGCUCUUCUCAACAGCGCCCCUCAUGACAUCGUAGAGGGUGCACUCGAAAAACUGACCAAACACAAACAACAGAUCUGGAACCCAUCGGAAUCCUUGCAAAUGGAGCUCGCAGACACUGCCGCCAUUCGCGAUAAGAUCCUCAGCAGAGAGAGGCUAAACUACAAUCAACGCCUCAUCCGAAAGAUCAUCAUCACUCCGACAAAGAUCUAUUAUCAAGGUCCUCAGCUUGAGCUCGCAAAUCGGAUUCUGAGAACGUAUAAAGACCAUGCAGAUGAUUUCAUGCGAGUAGCGUUUGCGGACGAUGAUUUGGGCAAAAUAAAUAAUGGACCAAACGCCGAUAUGCUUUUCAAAAGGAUCCAGGCCAUCAUGGAUGCGGGUGUCAUUGUGGCUGGAAGGAGGUUUGAGUUCCUACAUUACUCCAACAGCUCCAUGAAAACGGCGGGGUGUUGGUUCAUCUGUCCGUUCACGGAGAAAGGCAAGAAGAUUGAUGCUGAAAUGAUCUGCAUAUCUAUUGGGGACUUUAGUGGCAUUUCCAACCCCGCAACCCUCGGCGCACGAAUGGCGCAAUGCUUCAGUUCGACAACGGUAACGGGGAGGCUCCGCGAGUUCAAUGUCAAGAACAUUGACGACAUUGAGAGGAACGGCCACUGUUUCAGUGAUGGGGUCGGCCUAAUCGGAAAGAAUGUUGCAUAUAACAAUUGUGGAGAGCUCAGGAAGUGGGUUCCGCAUGCCACUCCAUCGGCUUUCCAAUUCCGUAUGGGUGGAGCGAAGGGUGUCUUGACUCUGGAUAAGAGGAUUCCGAAAGAUGAAGUGCAUUUGCGGAAGAGUCAGAGGAAGUUUCCUUCCACACAUCUGGCGUUCGAAGUCUGCCGGACGAGCUUCUACUCGCCGGGGUUUUUAAACCAUCAGUACGUCAUAUUGCUGGAGACCCUGGGGAUCAAACAAGAAGUCUUUCUGAAACUGCGCGACGAGGCUAUUCAACAGCUCGACGAAGCUUUGCAGAAGCCCGAUGAGGCCAUCAAGGCCUUGACUGAAACUUCAGACGAAACAAACGAGAUAGCCCAGGCGCUGAUCCGGAUGAUUCAAGCGGGCUUUUUCGAGAUCAACGAACCCUAUCUCGUCAACCUGCUGAAGCUUUUCAGAGCGAUUCAAUUGAGGGACAUGAAGCGGCGAGCCAAAGUCCACAUUCGGAAAGGAUGCAAUCUGCUGGGAGUCAUGGAUGAAACCGGCGAACUGCCGGAGAACAAGCUCUUCCUUCAGUACACCAAUCCUUCAACGAACAAGAAGGAAAUUGUUACCGGCCCUGUCCUCGUUACCCGCUCUCCGUGUCUGCAUCCUGGUGACGUGCAGGUGGUUGAGUGCGUCAAUCUAGAAAGUCUUCGGCACUUGGUUGACGUAGUAGUAUUCUCUCAACACGGUCAAAGGCCUCUUCCAAACAUGCUCGCCGGCGGGGAUUUGGAUGGCGACACUUUCUUCGUGAGCUGGGAUCAACGACUGCUUCCGAAGAAAACCCAUGAACCGAUGACCUAUGCUACGGGAGCUACUGGACAUCCAGAUAAAGCAAUGCUUGCCAAAGUCAAAGAGCACUUCGUCAAUUUCCUGCAGCAGGACAACCUAGGGAAGAUCGACAAUGCUUGGAAAGCAUGGGCUGACUUGAGUGACGAUGGCGCGAGAGAUCCCAAAGCUAUCCGGCUCGCGGAGCUGCACUCGGAUGCCGUUGACUUCGCUAAAAAGGGAGUUCCUGCGCGCAUGGAUCCCGAAUCAAAACCCAAACAGUGGCCGGAUUUCAUGGAGAAACCAGAGUCCAAGAACACCUACCGCAGUAGGAAAGCGGUCGGAGCGAUCUACCGAAGUAUAAGUGUCGAACUACAGCUGGUCAAAGAAUUCAAACCUCGUCCGGAAUUGGUCGUCGCUGGCUAUGAACAAUACUUGGAGGAUGCGAUCCUGAACAAAAAGGCUUAUGACAAUCAGAUCAUAGCGUUGAUGAAUCAGUACAAUGUCAACUCCGAGUUCGAAUUGGUCUCUGGAUACAUGUUCAAGCUUGACGAAGCCGGCAUAAAAAAGCGUCCGCAGGAAUUGAAGGAACAAGUCAUGCAAGCGGUCUCUACCAUUCAAGGGCACUAUCGCAAGCUGUUCUUUGAUGACAACAUUUUGGCCGAUCCCAUGAUGAAACCAUUCAAGGAGAACAUUCUCAACAGGAACGAACGGUCUGGUUUAGUCAAUGACCGCCUCCCGCUCUCGGAGAAGGUCCGUCGGAAAGCCUCCGCUUGGUACAUGGCUGCGUACGAUGAUCGGAUAACGACAAAAGUCAGCACCGCUGGUGUCUCGCCAGCCGCGCCCCUUCCUGUGACUGCGGUAUCCGAUUUGCCAACGCAGCUUGACCCGGCAGAACUCCAAGCUGCAGAACGACGCCGCGCGACAAUGGUUGACCGAGAAGCUGCCGAAUAUCAAGACAUAGAUUGGGACAUGAACGGCCGUUUUUACAGCUUUCCUUGGAUCUUGCACGACCUCCUGUGCAACAUUUACGUCACCGCCACGUCGCAACGACAAGGUACUGCAGGCACGGCAGAAUAUCGCGCCGGAGCAGGGAAUACAGGUUAUGUCGCUGAGGCAAUGACCGCCGCUCGAGAGCCGACUGAGGUGUACCUGAGACCUCCCGGAUCCGAUGUGUUCUUUCAGAGGGUCGCUGGAUGAGUCAUGCUCAAAAAACACUAGGAACGCCGGCGAGCAUUCCGACCCGUAUCACACACAGCUCGAACGGCGUUGAUUCGGCUACCUCACUCCGCUUUGGUUUUCGCGACGCAUCCUUGUCACGGCGUACUUUACCCCAUCUCCCUUUUGC